GGUUUGACAGUUCGUGUUGAAUGUUUACUUGUUUACAUCUUUGUUUUCCUCCGUGCGGGCGCUUGCAAAUUUCGGAAGAAAGUGAAAUUCUAUGCACUUGAGAACUGUUCCGCUGUGUGCUUGAACCGAAAAUCCGCAACAUAAUUGCUUGGUAAUAGUAACAUCAAUUGCAAAACUGUGUUCACAUCGAGACGAAGCGGCGUACUGUUCCGUUGUGCAAAAGUUGCCACGAAAGCUACCACAGCGCGUUGCAUUUGUGUACGCAGAGUGUUUGUUUAUCCCUUGCUGCGAUACACACUUGCGUCGUGUGCGUUGUCUAAACAAUCGAGAGCGUCGUGUUUCAUCAACCGGCCCUGCCUCCCCCAACCAGUCCACCACCCAUCGACCACUCCCCGGCCAAGUGCAACAAGUAGCCAAAAGGGAGCCGUGGUACAAGAAGCGGUGGGCCCCCUAUCUUCGGGAGCUGGCGUAAAAAUAGCAUUUUCCGUUCGUUCGCUUCGUUCGGGACGGGGGUUUCGUGAGCAACGACGCAGGCAGUGACAAGGUCUUUCUGACUGCAUUCCCAUCUUGCUGAACCACCACAACACAGGCACAACACACGCUAAGCAUCGCAUCGGAACAUCCCCCCCUCUGCCGCUGCUGCACCAAAACACGCUGCUGUGUGGGGAAGCGAGGACGGUACGGACGUGUCGUCGCGUAGGUUUUCGGUUCGUGCGUACACACAGCACCAGUCGGGAAAAUUACGCUGUGGCAAGUGGUUCUGCGGCGCACGAUUAUGGUGGGACAGCGAAAGUUUCAGCUGAGCGAGGUUGCCGCCCUCCAGCGGGACCAUGUGAAGAUCCGCGAUCCGGCCCGCGUCGAGCUGAUGCUGAACGAGCUGGUAGUGGGCGGCACAGAGAAGCUGCAGGUGGUGACCGAUUUCGAUUACACAAUCACCAAGCAGCGUCUCAGCAACGGCGAGAAGGUGCUGACAAGCUUCGGCAUGUUCAACGAGUGCAAAUCGAUCCCGCAGGACGUGAUACUGGAGCAGCGCAACCUGUACCACAAGUACCGCCCGAUCGAGAUCGAUCCGCACAUGGAGCACGAGGAGAAGGUGGGCUACAUGAUCGAAUGGUGGGCCAAAACGGGCGAUCUGCUAAAAGGCUUCAAGCUACCCCAGGAAGACAUCGACGAGGUGGCCAAACGGUACAAAGACGGGCUGCGCGAUGGAACGCACGAUAUGUUCAAGGAGCUGCACGAGCUAAACGUACCGUGUCUCGUCUUUUCCGCCGGACUCGGCAACUGUGUAUCGUCGGUGUUGAAGCACGCCAACGUCAUGUACCCCAAUGUAAAGCUAGUGUCUAAUUUCCUGCAAUUCAGCGAAAAUGGGCUGCUAAACGGUUUGCAGGACCCAAUGAUUCACACCUUCAACAAAAAUGAAACCGUCCUCGACGGUACCGAGUACUACGAAAUCGUGCACUCGCGGGACCACGUUAUAGUGAUGGGCGAUUCGUUGGGAGAUGCCGGAAUGGCUAGCGGUGUGCCAUCAUCGUCACACAUCCUAAAGAUAGGCUUUCUUUUCGAUCACCCGGAACUUAAUCUACCUCGAUACAUGGAUGCGUUCGACAUUGUGCUGGUGGACGAUCAAACGAUGGACAUCCCGAGAGCCAUCGUGGACAUGGUGAGGAAGCAAUCGCACGAGUAGUGAACGCCGCAGAACGAGAAAGCACGAAAUUGCAUUCGAAUGGUUGGUUGCAUAGUUUCGGUGGUUCCCUUUUCGUUGAAACGCGACCAUCAUCAUCACAACGCCAUUGUCGCUGGAGCGACCGGCACCGACAUCCGGCCUUGGUUGACUUAAUUACACAACAACGUUACUCCACUGCCGAGCAUACGUCUUACAUUAAUGUGUUUUUAUUUUUUACUUUUUUGCGAAGGACAAACGUUCCUUUUGUUUCACUAGAGUGAUUGUGAUCCGUUUUUGCCAGGGAGAAGAGUUUGGUGUGUAUCGAUAAACUUAACCGUUGUUGCUUUGGUUCCGUUUUGUUAACGACCCCGUACUUUACUGGCAUCUUGCAUUAGCAUAUUCGAGUGUUACAGCUGCAGAUAGAACUUCCGCUCGGAGUAACAUUCGAAUUUAAGCAAAGAAAUAUAAACUUCCCGGACAAACAUUGUGCGUGUGCGUUA